AUGCCUGCCAACGAUAGCACCAUGUCAGAUUCUAUUAUUUCACAUUCGACUAAAAAUCAGGAUAUACAGGAUUAUGGUCUGAAAAUGCGACGCAGUCUGCGUAGUGCUGUUGUUCAAUGUACUGAACGUGGACUGGUCAUGUCUGCUCGAUGGGCUGCUGAGCAACUUCUUGGAUUUGACAGAUCAGCACUCCAUUCACAACUACACACCACAGAACCAUCCUCAGAUAAUCCAGCCUUUAGUGAUAUCCAACCCAAUCCAUUCACAGUUCAAACACAACAAUCCAUUCCAGAAAAUCAACAAUCUGUCACUUAUCUUGCAGAUCCAGUCACAAGUUUGGAUGAGCCUGGCGUUGAGGAUGAUAUUUAUUUGUACGCAAAAUCAUGUUUCGAUGCAAGAGAAUAUCCGCACGCUGCCGAGAUCUUGAAAGACUGCACAGGACGACGAUCCAUAUUCCUACAUCUGUAUGCGAAAUUAAUGGCUGCUGAAAGUACCCAGCCCAUUGAAACAUAUCAAUCUCCAAAAGAUACACCAAGCCAGGCUACCCGACGGAUUCUUAUUUCAAUUGAACACGAGCUCACUGCUAAGCUCAGCAAAGAUGAAUCAGAUGGAUUUUUGUGGUAUUUAUUAGGAGUCGUUACUAAAAAACUCGGAAAGCGUGAACAAAGUAUUCGAUUUCUCACAAAGGCAGUCCAGAAGUACCCGUACAACUGGUCAGCAUGGAUUGAGCUUGCAUCUCAAGUGCACGUACAAGAAGAUCUGGAUUUGGUUUUGCAACAGCUUCCAAACGAUUUUAUGACAGGCUGUUUUCAAGUUUACGUAGAAAAUAUUAUGGAAUAUCAGGUGGAGACCAAUCCAGAUGAAAUUGAUCGAUUAUUGAAUCUAUGUCCGCGAAGCCGGUUUUUGAAGCUUCAACGAGCUAUUUUAUUUUAUAAUGCCCGAGAUGCUGAAACAGCAGAGUCCAUUUUUGAUGAGUUGCUGGACAGGAAUCCGUACAUGAUUGAUGGUAUACAAAUUCUUUCCAAUGUCCUGUUUCUCAGAAAUAAGGCGGGUGCAUUGAUGAACCUUGCUCAUCGCUUGAGUUCAAUGUACAAAUAUCGAGCAGAAAGUGCUGUUGUACUGGGCAAUUACUACUCUCUCAUACAAGAGUCUUCGAACGCAGUCAAAUCAUUUGAUCGAGCAUUGAAACUUGAUCGAAAUAAUAGUGAUGCAUGGACGCUGCUUGCCCAUGAAUACGUCGAGCAGAAAGAUGCUCCACCAGCCAUCCAGAUAUACCGGCGAGCUGUUGAUUUAAACUGUCGCAACUACCGUGCCUGGUUUGGCCUUGGACAGGCAUACGAUCUUCUUAAUCUUCCCAUGUUUUCACUCAAUUACUAUCAGCGUGCCUUGGCUAUUCGACCAAAAGACAGUCGUAUGUGGAAUGCACUUGCUAUGACUUAUGAAUCACUCAACAAAAUACCCGAGGCAAUUAAAUGUGGAUUACACAUGCUGAUUAGUCCUGAGCACAAUACAUCAACUACAUUGCAAACAAUAUCUAAUUGGUACUCAAAACUGUAUAUUCAAACUGGAAAUACGCAGUAUCAGAGUAAAUCUGCUUUAUAUGAAUUACGAGCAAUGCGUGCUCGGGAGGCUGAUGAUCAGGAUAUGGACUGAGUAGCGUAAACGGCCAUGACAUGUUACAGCUGUAUUCACGUAAAAUGGAACGCUUUUCUGUAUUUAUCAUGCAGUGAUUGUCUUGGAAUAAACAAUAGUUGAACAUUCGUUGUUGG